AAUCAUAAUUUUGUGUUGGUUUGAUUUAACACAGGUACCGGCUUGUAUCCGUCUAAAUUAAGGCAGGCUAUGGUUCCGAUCAUAACGAAAGACGAAUGCACGCAAAUCUACAGCCAACCUAACGAAAUUACUAGCAAUAUGCUGUGUGCUUCUGCUAGCCAAUCGGAUUCGUGCCAAGGCGACAGUGGUGGUCCGCUCGUCGUGCAAUCUGACGACGGUUCUUGGACCCAAGUCGGCAUCGUUAGUUGGGGAUACGGAUGCGCGGAUCCAGAAUAUCCUGCAGGUGUGUACGCGAACGUACCAGGGCUAUCGAGGUGGAUUAACAAAUAUAUGGGGCAGAAGUGAUUUGCAUAUUUUAUAUACAAAGUUUAUAUAUUCUAUAUACACGAUUCGGUUAGUGGAAAAUGUAUUAUUAUUUUUCUUUGA